AACAUGUCUGCCAAAUUAUUGCUCUACUUCUUACUUCUUUCAGUAUUUCGUGCAUGUUCUCAAACAAUUGAAUCUGAAGAGGAGUACGAGGAUGUAACUGUGAACCAAAUGUUGGCUCCAAAAACCCAUGAGACAGACGCAACGCAAAUUCUAAACAACUUACUGAAGGAAUAUGACAAGAAAUUGCGGCCAGAUAUCGGAGUGAAACCAACGGUCAUUGAUGUUGAUAUCUUCGUGAACAGCAUUGGUCCUGUGUCAUCAAUAAAUAUGGAGUACCAGAUUGAUAUCAUUUUCGCUCAGACGUGGACGGAUAGCCGGCUAAGAUAUAACAGCACGAUGAAAAUAUUGACUUUGAACAGUAACAUGGUUGGACUCAUUUGGCUACCAGACACCAUCUUCAGAAAUUCCAAAAACGCAGAAGCCCAUUGGAUUACAACACCCAAUCAGCUUCUUAGAAUAUGGAAUGAUGGGAAAAUUCUUUAUACUCUAAGGCUGACCAUUAAUGCGGAGUGCCAGCUCCAGCUCCAUAACUUCCCCAUGGAUGAGCACUCCUGCCCUCUGAUCUUUUCCAGCUACGGCUAUCCAAAAGACGAAAUGAUCUACAAAUGGAGGAAAAACUCAGUGGAGGCAGCUGAUCAGAAAUCCUGGAGACUCUACCAGUUUGAUUUCAUGGGCCUGCGGAACACAACAGACAUAAUCAAGACCUCAGCGGGUGACUAUGUGGUGAUGACCGUGUACUUUGACCUCAGCAGAAGAAUGGGAUAUUUCACAAUCCAGACAUACAUUCCCUGCAUCCUGACUGUGGUACUCUCCUGGGUGUCCUUCUGGAUCAAAAAAGACGCAACUCCAGCCCGGACAGCCCUAGGAAUAACUACAGUUUUGACCAUGACAACACUCAGCACGGUUGCUAGGACGUCGUUGCCUCGUGUGUCCUACGUCACUGCGAUGGACCUCUUUGUCACCGUCUGUUUCCUGUUUGUUUUUGCGGCCCUCAUGGAAUACGCCACGCUCAACUAUUACUCUUACAGCGUUCGCAGACCUGUGUGCAGCAAACCCAAGCGCUCAAACUACUCAGUGCUGGAUGUGGGACCCCCACCUACUGUCAUCACGCUCAAUAACGCCAUGUACUGGCAGGAGUUUGAGGAUGCUUGUGUCUACGAGUGCCUGGAUGGCAAAGACUGCCAGAGUUUCUUCUGCUGCUAUGAGGAAUGCAAAGGGGGGGCAUGGCGGAAGGGCCGGGUCCACAUAGACAUCCUGGAACUGGACGCCUACUCCCGAGUAUUCUUCCCCACUUCUUUCCUACUGUUCAAUGUCGUCUACUGGGUAGGCUACCUCUAUCUUUAA